AGCGAAAAAUUUACUCUCAUGUUGGUAACACUUUAGCUAUCGAAAAUUAGUUGGAAACUGGGGAGUUUAGGCCGUUAAGGCAUUGCGAUAUACACCGAUAUACAAUGCACCUUUGCACACUUCAUAAAGAAAUCAAGAAAUAUUAACCUACAUCACCAACGCUACAUUCUCUCUAGCCGCUCGCUACUCUCAACUUUACAAUCAUUAUGCCAUCAUUACGCACAUACAGCGCGCUCUGGCGGCAGUCACUUGCUAGGUUCCCAAGACCCUUGUUGGUACAGAAAAUUCAAACGGAGGCUGUCGCAGCUAGUGAAAAGAAGAGGAAAAGUGGGAAAAUGGUUGGAAAACUGACUCCUGAGGAACGGACUUCAAAGCUGGAUCCUCUUCUAUCUAAUGGCUGGUCUGUGGUGGAUGCUCGUGAUGCCAUCUAUAAGGAAUUUUUAUUCACCAACUUCAAUCAGGCAUUUGGUUUCAUGACCCAAGUGGCACUUAAGGCAGAGAAGAUGGACCACCACCCUGAGUGGUUCAAUGUCUACAAUAAGGUGCAGGUGACACUGUCAUCACAUGAUGUUAAUGGACUCAGCACACGUGACGUCCAGCUGGCCUCCUUCAUGGACACAGUUGCCAAGUCACUGAUCCCAACAAAGGACUGAACUCCAUAGUCUCACUUUUGCUGGUGAAGGACUGUUCCAUGAUGCUACCUGAUAUCAUUUUCACCUGAAACUCAAUGAGUUAUGCAAGAGGUGUUGAGAGUAUGUUCUUUGUAAUGUUGAGAUCCCAUCAAAUAAAGCUGUUUAUCUGUGUUG